AUGGUUUUUUUACCUUCAGAUAUAAUUGGAGAAAUAUUUUUAUAUCUCGAAAAAGAGUAUUCAGCAAAUCCAACACAAUUACAUCGUGUAAUUUAUUCAUAUACUUGGAUAAACAGAAAUUGGUGUCAAAAUACAAUACCGUAUUUAUGGCGCAAACCAUUUUAUUCUCGACGACCUUCUAAUAAUAAUAAUAACAAAUUAAGAAAUAGUAAUAAAAAAAUUAUUGAAACUUUAUUGAUGAGCAUGAACGAAAAAGAGCGAAAAGAAUUAUCGAUGGCAGGAUUUAAUUUACCCAGAAGAGGAAGAUCUGGUUCAAUAUUUGAUUAUGCUAGUUUCAUUAAAGAGUUGGAUUAUUUUGAAAUGUUUAAUAGUAUUAUUGAUUGGAUAUUAGAAAAUCAUUUACAUAUUACAAACGAGAAUAUACGACAAGAAUAUUUUUAUCAAAGAAAUAUUAGAAACAUUAAGAACGAUUUUGAUGGUAAUAAUAUUGAUAGACUAAUUCAUUUAAUUAUGAAUAUGUUUAAAAAUCAUAAUACUCAAAUUAAUUAUCUUAAAUUAAUACCUUAUAAUAUUAACCAUUAUACAAGAGAUGAUAAUUGUUAUCUUUUAUUUGUUGACCAAAAUUACUUUAAAUGUUUGGUUGAAAAUUUAAAAUAUUUAGAAGUUGAUACUGAUUUUUGUGAUUAUUCAUUUUUAAUCUCUCUUUCAAAGAUAUGUAAUAAUUUGAAAUAUUUACACUCAUUUAGAGAUAAUGUCAGAAUAACUAAAAUGACACAAUAUUAUAUUAAAUCACAAGCAACAAUAUUAAAUUCUUUAAUAUCAUCACAACAAAAUUUAGAAUCAUUAAAGUUAUCAGGUUAUACAUGGUAUUCAACUUUAAUGGAUCAAUCGAUAUUAACUCAAAUUAAUUCUUUAAAAAUAUUAGAAUUUAAUGAAAUAGAUUUUAAAUCUCAACAACAACAACAAAAAAUUGAUUGUACUUUAGAUACAAUAAAUUUAUGUACCAAUUUAGAAUUAUUAAUAAUUAGUUGGUGUUGGGGUUUAGGUGAAGGUGGAUGUGGAGGAAAUUAUCGUAAUAUCCAAAAUUUUGUUAAUAAUUCUCAAUUUCCUAAACUAUCUAAAGUUACUAUUAAAGGUUUAUGUCCUACUGCUUUAAGAAAAUGGGCCGAAACAUAUAAUUAUUGA